AUGCUGCUGUGCUGACCCUUGGGAAAAGCUGCACAGCUGCUAGGUCGAACCUCGGGAUUUGGAGAUGGCGAGAAUGCAGUGCUCUCAGCUGUGUGGCUCAAUGGCAGGCUCGAGAUUGACCAGAGCCUUCAAGAGAGCUAGAGACGGACACAUCAGGGGUUUUCAGCCAGUUAGUUUGCUGCAGCUGCAGCUAGUAGGAUGGCGAGUCGGAGUCAGACGCUGACUAAGUUGCAGUUCGCUCUGCUCCUUUUACUCCAAUGGAGGCCAUGCGUUUCACAACUCACCAAUGCUGACGAAGUCGCCGCGCUGACGGCAAUAGGUGGAGGCUUCGGGUGGCCCAGCGCACUGGAGUCGUGGAAAUGGGCCGAUCCGUGCUCUGGCGGAGCGUUACCCGGAGCGACCGUGGGGGCAUCUGGCGGAUCAUGGCGGGGUGUCUCGUGCAGCACCGACUCCAAUCCGCGUCACGUGAUUGGCUUGUGGGGGUUCUUAUUUUCUACAAAUAUAUUCGCGAGUUAUUUUGGUCUCGCGCGGCUCACCUGACAGUGCUUCCGUAACAGGAAUAUAACCUACGCAGGCCUUCAGGGACCUCUCAGCAAGGCCGUGGGGGAUUUGGAUCAGCUUCAAUUCUUGGUGAUGUCUGGCAAUCAGAUUCAAGGAGGCAUGCCUGAUACCAUAACCCAGCUGAACAACCUUCGCCAUCUGGACCUCAGUAUGAAUCCACUUACCGGCGAAAUUCCCCAUGGAGUUCAGCAGCUCUCUGGCCUAAAUCAUUUGGACCUCUCUCAAUGUCAACUUCAAGGCACCAUGCCUCGCCUGGGCUACCUUACUGCACUCACCUCCAUAAAUCUGAGCGGCAACCAUUUGGCUGGUUCCCUGCGUGCCAAGAUUGGUGACAUCUCUGGCCUCGUCUUCAUGGACUUAACCUCCAACGGCCUGGAUGAGUCCAUUCCGGCAGAGAUUGGGAAGCUCAACCAGCUUCAAGUGCUGCAUCUGGGCAGCAACACGUUCGAUGGGACGCUGCCUGAGGAACUUGGCCAGCUGACCAACAUGAAAGAGCUAGUGCUGAGCUCGAAUCGUCUCUCUGGCACCCUCCCAGCAUCGCUGGGGAACUUGCCGCAGCUGCAGCUGCUGGACCUUCGUGAGAACCAGUUUCAGGGCACCAUACCCGCCUCCUACUUCCGCAUCCCAACGUUUUUGUGAGUGGGAUUGGUCAACGAGCCAUACGCGUG